CAAAAGCUGUGCAGGAUGCUGAGCACUGCACUGAGCAGCUGAGAGCUCAGCCAGCAGGUGAGAACAGGAGACUGUGUCUCCUCCCAAGAAGACUGUGAUACCUCCAGACUCUGCUGCUCCUCCACUCUUCAGGGCCAGCACUGGAAGAUUAUACACUCGUCUGCAACCCCCAAAAAUAUAGUUUCCAACAAAGUGCCAAUGGGAUUCAGCUAAAUAUCCAGAUAACCUAAAUGAUGGAAAGAAAACCAGCUUGCACUGAGAGCCCGUCCUUGGGUUCUGAAAAAGAGCCUCUCACAUGCAGAGCCCGGUCAGAAUGCAAAAAAGAUGGACAACUUCUACGGAACUGCAAACCUUCACUACGUCUUUCUGAAGAGCUUAACAAGGUGCACCCUAGUCCUGGAGAGAGGGCUGAGUCUGAUCAUACGUCCAAUAAAUAUUUAGCAGUUCAAAGUCCUGAUGCACCAUGCAAUGGAACCAGGAAUGUAAUAGAUGAUGGAUCAGCCCCUACCCUCACUGUGAUCCCUCAAGUGCAGCAUCUGCAGACAAAUCUAGGCGAGAGAGAGACUUGGAGCAAAAAAAUUGACUUUCUCCUAUCGGUUAUUGGUUACGCAGUGGACCUGGGCAAUGUAUGGAGAUUUCCUUAUAUCUGUUAUCAGAAUGGAGGAGGAGCUUUUCUCAUUCCAUAUGUGAUCAUGGCUGUGUUUGGUGGAAUUCCUCUCUUCUAUAUGGAGUUGGCCUUGGGUCAGUAUCACAGAACUGGCUGCAUUUCUGUAUGGAGGAAAAUAUGUCCCUUAUUUAAAGGAAUUGGCUAUGCGAUCUGUAUAAUAGCACUUUAUGUAGCAUCUUAUUAUAACACCAUAAUGGCCUGGGCUCUCUACUACCUCAUAUUCUCAUUCCGCUCUGAGUUGCCUUGGACCAGCUGCCAUAAUGAGUGGAACACAGAAAACUGCACCAACUAUUUCCAGAAUAGUAGCGUGAUAUGGAUCAACAGCUCUAUAUCUCCGGCAGAGGAGUUUUACACUCGACUUGUGCUGCAGAUGCACAAAUCUAAAGGUCUACAGGAUCUUGGAGGAAUUAGUUGGCAGCUUUGUCUCUGUCUACUCCUCAUCUUCACUAUUGUGUACUUCAGCAUAUGGAAAGGGGUCAAAACUUCUGGAAAGGUGGUGUGGGUUACAGCAACCUUUCCUUACAUUGUGCUUACUUUGCUAUUAAUACGAGGGGCAACACUCCCUGGUGCUUGGAGGGGAGUUAUAUUCUACCUGCAACCUAACUGGGAGAAGUUGCUGACCACUGAGGUUUGGGUGGAUGCCGCAGCACAAAUUUUCUUCUCACUAGGCCCUGGGUUUGGAGUUUUACUGGCCUUCGCUAGCUACAAUAAAUUUCAUAACGACUGCUACCAAGAUGCAAUGGUGACAAGUACAGUUAACUGCAUGACCAGUUUUAUGUCUGGCUUUGUCAUAUUCACGGUCUUGGGAUAUAUGGCUGAAAUGAGAAACUUGGAUGUCUCAGAAGUUGCCAAAGAUACAGGACCCAGUCUUCUCUUCAUCACCUAUGCAGAGGCGAUAGCCAAUAUGCCAGCUUCCACCUUCUUUGCCGUUAUCUUUUUCUUAAUGUUGAUUACACUUGGACUGGACAGUACGUUUGCAGGACUGGAAGGUGUUAUUACCGCAGUAUUGGAUGAGUUCCCACAUGCAUGGGGCAAGAGACGAGAACUUUUUGUCUUCCUAUUAAUUUCUGUCUGCUUUCUCGGGGCACUAUCUACCCUGACUUUUGGUGGUGCUUACAUGGUAAAGUUGUUUGAGGAGUAUGCCACUGGCCCAGCAGUGCUCACUGUGGUAUUCCUGGAAGCCAUAGCAGUGUCCUGGUUCUAUGGUAUGAACCAGUUCUGUCGUGAUAUAAAGGAAAUGUUGGGUUUCACUCCAGGCUGGUUUUGGAGGAUAUGCUGGGUGGCUAUAUGCCCACUGUUCCUUCUGUUUAUUAUAUGCAGCUUUAUGUCCAGUCCUCCGGAGCUACGUCUUUUUAACUACAAAUAUCCAGACUGGUCCGUUGUGCUUGGUUAUUGUAUUGGUACAUCUUCAUUCAUCUGUGUGCCAAUAUACAUGGUAUAUCGGCUGUGUAGCACCCCUGGUUCAUUAAAAGAGCGUUUCAUUAAGAGUAUAACCCCAGAAACAGGAACAGAAAUACCACUGGGAGCUAUUCAUAUGAAUGCUGUGUAACCCGGAAAAAACCAUUGCCCUUUCUUGUUUGCAGACAACGCACCCCAUUCUGUGCCUAAGAAAAACUUUGUAAACUUCAGACUGUCUAUGGUUCAACCACCUACUUUGCAGUGGAUCAUACCAGAGAGGCAGACUGGGCACAGGUUAUGUCUCUAAAGUUCUAGCACCGACAAGUGCAGGGUCCAAUUCAAAGAAUAUUAAAUGUCCAUCCAUGAUUGAACUGCAGCAUGCAUGUCUUAUGCUGUUGGGAACAUGGUCUUAUUUGUCUAGAGGGCACAAUAUUCUCUAACAUAAGAGCAAACUAAUCAUGAUAGCUUAACUUGUAUUAGUAACUGAUAUGCUCCAUGAAGCACCAGAGGCAGGAGCACCAUAUCAGAAUCGAAGUGCAUGGUAAUACAAAGAUACACAGAAGUAAUAAAACAGAUAGUCACCAACCAUAAAGCCAGUCAAAAUAAUAGAGAAGCAGAUCCAUAAAAAACAAAACAAAUGAAAGAUGGACUUACCAUUAAUGAUGUUUACGUAUGAUAGGUUUCUGUGGAACACCCAUGCUGCUAGCCAGAUGCUCUAAGUUGCUGUAUACAGAAAUACGUUCAACUCAUAGUCCAUGGUCUAGAGGACAGUACAUACAAGAUCUCAGAUCUGUAAUGGGCGAGCAGUAAAACAUAGGAAAGGAAACCCUGAUAUUCCCUAAAGGCCUAGGCCUACCCCAGAUAACCAUUCUGAUAAGGGCCAACCAUUUGGUAACCUGUACCUAAAUGAAUCCUUAUGAUUCCCUAUAUCCAAUGAAAUGUUCUUGUAUAGAUCUGUGUCUUUAUUCUUUUGGCUACCUGUAUUACAACUUAUGUAUGUCUACAUGUUGAUGUUUGUUGUGUGCUAUCAUGAUAGGUUCCUGACCCUUCUACUGUCCAAAUUGCAGGUGGGAGAAAGAAAGGUAUAUGUGCCCUACCCCUGAGUAUGCUGGUGAUACCUUCUGAACCCCUUCUGGUCACACCUUCAAGAGCAUGCUCUAAUUAGUGUUCUCAACACAAGUAACACUGAUAUUGUCAGUCUUAUAAUAGCUCUCAAAACACCCGUCAUUUGUCUGCCAGUGUUAUUUCACCCCUUGAUACCAGCCCCAUCAUAAAGUACUUACAAAUUUACAAUGGUUUCUCAUUUGUGACAUUUGCAUGCAACAUUCACAGUCUAUCUCAAUCUCAGUCACAUUGGUCAACCACCCAAAACGUUCAGUACUAUCAUAGGCGGAAAGGUGUAAGGGAGGAUUACUUAUAAACGGCAGAGUUAGAUUUAACAGACCUGUUACACUGUAAUACAAGGCACAUGGAGCUAUAGUAGAGUUACCACAGUAAGUGCCCUGUUAUGGCUCCAUACAACUAGCAGGUUGUAAGGAACCAUAGAACGCCCAUGUGCAUGAGGCCUGUAAAGCUACAUUCAAAUCUGGGGCAUCAAGGAUCCAGCACUCACUCUAUGGGGUCCAGCAGUGUGCGGCACUAUCCGGCUAUGCCAGAUCCAGAUAACUGGGAUGUCUGGAAUGCCGCAGAUGUGAACAUAGCCUUACUGGUCUACUUUGAACUGCCUCAUAGUGAGUAGUAUUAGAAAAUAUUUUAAAGUAUAUUUAAUAUAUCAUAACAGUUUAUCUAUAUAUUUUUAUAUUACCGUAUAUUGAGAAAGAUGCUAGACUGCACAUCGUUGUCUGGAGAACACUGCAUAUGAAGUGUAAUGAUUACACCUAGUACAAUUUGCGGGCAUUUUAUUUUCAUAUAAAUUAUUUUUUUCUGCUUUUAAUUACCAUAAAAUAUAUGUGAAAUAAAUAUAAUAGACGAAACCUGGUAACUCUUUAGAUAAGUAUAUUUAAAGAGGACCUGUCACCCCUCUCCUGACAUUUUUAUUUUUGCAACCACUUCCAUUCUCCAUGUAAUACCAAUUUUGAAGCAUCUAUUCUUAUGACUCCAUGUUGUGCCAUUCUUGUAUUACUACUGCUAGAAGUUUACAAAUAAAUUGCCAGCAGUCUGCAGUAAAGGUACUGCUGGGUGUUACCACCAGUAGCGGGUGUGUCUGAUGCUGUCCAAUUAGACUGUUCAGGGACACAACCUCAACUGGUAACACCCUUCUGUACCUUUACUGCAAGCUGCUGAUAACUCAUUCAUAACUACGUCUAGAAAUAACAAAGCAAUGGCACAACAUAGGGUCUUAAUAAUAGAUGAUCCAGAAAUAUUAUUCCGUGGGGAAUGCAAGGAGUUACUAAAACAGAUAUGUCAGGAAAGGUGACUGACAGCUCCUCUUUAAGCUUCGAUGGAACAUUCUAUUUUAAAGCACACGCUCGCCGAUCAAUUACAUAUAUCCAUAUUGCAACUUUCCCGCUGAAGACAAGCAUUUUAGAUGUGGUUAGCUGUAUAAUACUGUAUGCUGUAAAAUGUGUAUUGAAGUCUACCCCAUUUGUAAAGUGUACAACUUGACCUAAGAUCUGGAUAGUGUGCUGCUUUGUGGAUUUCCUUUUGAUGAUGCUGUUAUGCCAUGUAUGUUGUAUCUUAUUCAUUUCCUACACAAUCAUGAGACUCGGAAGCUUAGGAUGACUGAGCAAUGAAAGAUUUUUCAUUGAUGUCAGAAUAUACACUCAUUGAAAGAAAAAUAAUAACGCACCAAGGAGGAGUUUGAAUUGAAUGAAACUUUAUUU